AUGGCUUCGGUCAGCGAGAAGAGCACCGGCAAGGGAGCCGCGGAGCAGGGCUUGACGCAGUCCCGCUCCAACUCCCUCCAGCACGGCGACGCAGAGUCGCUCGAGGACGCGGCGGUCGCCGACUUCUACAAUGGCGCCGUCAACGAGCAGUUCCGUUUGAAGUCCGAGCUCGUCGCGAAACACCUCGGAGAGAUCGGCAUGGGAAAAUUCCAAUGGAUCCUCUUCGUCGUCAACGGCUUUGGCUGGAUUGUCGACAACUUUUGGUCGCAGGGCAUCACGGCCAUUCGACCCCCGAUCGGCAAUGAGUUCACCGACAUUGCCCGCCUCAGCUUCAGCUCGGUCGCAUACUAUGUCGGCCUCAUCGUUGGUGCCUCAUUUUGGGGUACGACGGCUGAUUUGAUCGGUCGCAAGCCCGCCUUCAAUGCUACCAUUCUGUACGGUGGUAUCUUUGGCUGUGCCGUUGCGGGAACCACGAACUUCACGGCCUUCUGCGCUCUCUGGGCCAUCAUUGGUACCGCAGCGGGCGGCAACGUGCCCGUUGACAGUGUCGUUUUCCUGGAGUUCGUUCCCCAGAGCCAUCAGUGGAUGCUUGUCACUUUGUCGGCGUGGUGGAACUUGGGCCAGGUCAUUGUCUCACUUUUGGCUUGGGUCUUCUUGGCCAACUUUGCCUGCCCUGCGAGCGAUGCUCCCUGCAGGAUGCAGGAUAACAUGGGCUGGCGCUAUCUCAUGAUCACUCUCGGCGGUAUUGCAAUUGCUUUCGCCUUGAUCCGCAUCUUGGUCUUCAAGAUCCCCGAGUCGCCACGAUUCCUUAUCUCCAAAGGCCGCGAUGCCGAGGCGGUGGAAGCCGUCAACUACAUUGCGCGCUACAACGGUCGCCCUGAGCCAAUGACCCUCGACAUGCUGCAGGCAAUUGACAGACGUUUCGCCGAAGUCAGCCAAACAGCCGACGCGCCGGUCGAUCCCGAUGCCGUUCCCGUCACGUCGAAGCUGUCUUACAUGGAGAUUCUGAAGGAGAGCUUCCAGGACUACAACGGGGCGAACUACAAGAAGCUGUUUGCCGGUCGCAAGAUGGCGCAGCAUACCUCUGUCACCUUCCUGAUUUGGCUGACCGUCGGUAUCGCGUACCCGCUUUAUUUCGCCUUCAUCCCGUCGUAUCUGGCGACCAAGGAUACCUACUCCGCCAACUCGUCGCUCGAUCACACGUACAUGGUGUACUGCAUUGUUUCUUCAGCCGGAGUCCUCGGCCCCCUUGCUGCUGGAUUCCUCGUGGAAACGAGGUUCGGCCGCCGGUGGAUGAUGGCUGCAUCUGCUGUGUUGACUGGCGUCUUCCUCUUUGCGUACACUUCUGUUGGCACUGAGGCUGCGGAUAUCGGCUUUCAAUGUGCCACUGCGAUUCUUGGAAACUUUGAAUACGCAGUGAUGUACGCGUUCACGCCCGAGUCAUUCCCCAGUCCCGUCCGUGGAACAGGAACGGGUAUCGCCUCGACACUACUUCGUCUUGGUGGUCUGGUGGCUUCUUUCAUUUCAACCUACGCCGGAUACACCACUGUGCCGAUAUACGCCAGUGCUGCGUUGUGGAUUGUGGUCGGCGUGUUCUGCUUCGGCUUGCCCUAUGAGACUCACGGGCAUGCUUCGAUUUGA